AAGCCUCGUAAUAGACCAACGAAGAAUAGUUUUAUUUCAUAUUUGUUAAUAUCUCUAGCUGCUGUUUUGAAAUCCAUAAUAAUAUUAUUAUUCCAUAUAAAUGCCAUUAAAAUUCAAGAUAAAUCAUGAACUUGGGGGACCCAGAAUUGGAACUUAUAGACCCUACUCCCAAUGUGCAUACACUGUUUCUACAUUUCGACAAACUGUUUUUCUUUACAAAACUAGCUAGCAGAGCAGUGGUCAGAUGGAGCAAGAGAAUGUAUUCUUGUGCUGGGAUAUGCUCCUAUGAAGGCAGAGGUGGACUCUGUGAUAUAGCCCUUAGUGAGCCACUGCUAAAGCUGCGGUCCCGUAAAGAUCUCAUUGAGACACUUCUUCAUGAGAUGAUUCAUGCUUACCUCUUCAUCACAUGUCAAGAUAGAGAGAGAGAUGGACAUGGCCCCAACUUUAAAUCUCACAUGCACCGAAUAAACAAGUCUGCUGGUUUGAACAUAAGUAUUUAUCAUGACUUUCAUGAUGAGGUAAAAUUAUAUUUAACCCACUGGUGGAGAUGUAAUGGCCCAUGUCAAACUAGGAAACCAUAUUUUGGUAUAGUUCGUCGCUCUCGAAACAGCGCCCCAGGGCCUAAUGAUUAUUGGUGGUCAACACAUCAAAAAACAUGUGGUGGAACAUUUGUUAAAAUCAAGGAACCAGAAAAAAAGGCGAAGGCAAAAACAACUGUACCUAAAACAAAUGCUGAUAUCAAAAAAUAUAUUAAUAAUAACAAUAAUAUUGUUGGGAAAAAUAUUAAAACAAUAAAUGAUAUUCCAAAGGAUGUGCGUAAACCUCUUACACCAAUAAUAAAAAAUUCUAAAACAGUGCCUACUACCGGUUUAAAAUCUAAUAACAUUAAUACGGUUAUUGAAACUAAGAAAGGCGUCACAAUUAACCCUCAAAAUAGUCCAAAAAAGAACCCAACUCCAUUUACCGGUAAUGGUCAAACUAUUGCUGGCAGUAGGAAACGGUCUAAUUCAGCUGAUGUAGUGGAGACCGUAAGAGAUAUUUGGGCAAAGAAAUUCCUUCCCGAAAAUAAAAAUAGCCAAUCAAAUUCUACAAUGAAAGGAAAACAAUUGAUUCGAAAUAAUUCUAUAUGUGGUACAAAUAAUUUAGUGAAAUCAACUGACAAUAAGAAUAAUUCACAUUUUAUUUCUCCUCCAAUGAAAGUGAGAAAAAUUGACGAUUACUUUAAAAAUACAGCGACUACUGUAUUAAAAGACUUGUAUGGUCAAGAUUUUAAAAUAACUCAAACAGAUAAGAAAAUUAUAGCAGUACCUGUAAAUCUAGUAGAUUGUCCUGUCUGCAAAAGCAAAGUAGAUAGUAAUGUAAUAAACAGGCACUUAGAUGAGUGUCUGAAUAAGGAAGUAUUAGACCAAUUAAGUCAAGACCACCAAAAUUUUGAUACAGUACAAUCUAGUCAAAUUAUAGACAAUACUCACAUAGUUAAAUCUAUAAAGACGGAAGAUAUCAGUAAAUACAAUAAUAUUUCUAGAAAUUUCACUAAUAUACAACACGAAAAUGUUCAAAUAAAAAAAGAACCUGCUGUAGAUUCAAGCCUCUCUUUCGAUCCCAUUGAUAUCAAUAAAGUAAAAUCAAUUGUUAAAAAGAUAACUUUUGAUAAACAUAUUAGGAAAUCAGAUAAUUUUAUAGUACCUAAAGAGGAGCCAAAGGAGCCGGACAUUGGAUUUUUAUCGUCAUUUUUAGAUGAUGUUGCGACUGAAACAAGAAUUCCACCUAUAAAGAUUGAACCGGGUACUAGUAAAGACAUACUUACGGAACUAAAUAAACAAAAAUGUCCUUGUUGUGGAAUGGAAGUUGACAAACCAAUAGGAGAGCAUCUUGAUGAUUGUAUUUCAUUUUUCAACGACACAGAUGCCCCUGUUGAAGGUACUUCCAACAGUUUUGCUAACAAUACCAUCAUAAUAGAUGAUGAUGAUGAUGAUGACAUAUUCGAUGAAACUAUGACUAUGAAUGCUACUGGGACUAAAACACCUUGUCCUUGCUGUCUUGAGAUGAUUGAAACAACAGAUAUGAAUGCACAUUUAGAUGAAUGUUUAAGUUAAAAUAAAUAAUGAACUAGGUUAUCUAAUUUGAUUUGAAUUUAAGCCAUUGAAGACUAUUAUAAUUACAAGUAUUUAUGUUAUAUUAUUUAAUAGCAUUACUGAUAAUUGAUCUUAUGUAAUGAUUGUG